UAACAUAUUAUUAUUAUUAGAUUAUAUUAGCGCAAAUGUACACACAUAAUGGCCAUCAACUGAUCUGAAGACAUUUAAUUCAUUUAUUUUAUCUAUUUAAAACACAUUUUAGCCACAGUUACUUCCAAUCCAGAUCCACUUAUUUCCUCCUUGUGCCAAUAAGUGCUUUGUCAUUCUGAUAAACCAGUUUUAAUCAAUCUGGGAAUGGAAUGGUAUUAUUGUUAUGAUUGUUAUUGGGUUCUAUGCAGAUAAUAUGUAUUUUUUCCAUUUAUCGUUUACUUAAUUAUGAUUAAUAUGAAUAUUUAUGAAUUUCUUCCGGUUGCAGUGAGCAUUUGUAUUAAUCCAUCUCCCCUGAAAAACAUUAAGUGACUCUCACAGCAGCACCUUUUCAUACACACUUUCCUCAAUUCCUCCUGACAUUUGUGUUGCUGAUGUUAAGACCAUGACCAUCUAUCUCUCUGUGCGUGCUCUCACAUGGCCACGCCCCAGCUCUCAUACAUCAUCUCCUCCUGCACUCAAAUUGCCCAACUCUCAGUGUGCGCAGGCCAUCUAUGAGUUUAAAGACAGCAGCAUCAGCGCAACAGGUAAGCAAGCUCCCAUCACCGCCGUGGAAUCUGUCAGUGUACAGCGUGGGUGAAGUGAACUGCUGUGGGAGUCUGACCUUAAAGUGUCCGCGAGCAGAUCUCUGUCUCAGAAAACUCAUCGCUUCACUUUAUUUUUAUUUAUUUUUUUCCCUUGCAGCAGUUUGUGUUUUUUACACUUUGAUUCCUGAUCACCAGAUUAAACAAGAUCUCUCAUUUCCACUGAACUCUCACUCGUCGCGUGGGAGCUUUAAAUUCCACUGAGCAUGAACCUCAGUCUUCCUGACCAGAGCAUGCACAACUCCAGCGACGGCUGCAUAGACGACGACAAACCUGGCGCCAUGUUGCCUUGCUUCCGCAGAAACAUGUACGACGAGCCCCUGGCCUCGUACUCCAGUGGCUCCAUCAUCUCUCAGCUCCUCCGCAAGACCAUUCACAACAAGAGGGCCCAAGACGAAAGCCAUUUCUACCUCACUAGCUCCACUGCCGCUGAUUCCGGUCAGGAAGACCAGAGCAGUGUCUCCUCAAAGGACAGCACAGUGGAAGCCACGUCGCCCAGUGGGCACAUCUCUACAGGAACCAGCCUGGAUGGUGAACAUCCCAUGACUGACCACCUGCAGGCCAAACGGGCCAGAGUGGAAAACAUCAUCCGGGUCAUGGCUGGCUCUCCCAACAGCAAGCAGCAUGGAGACAGUGAGAGGUUCACCACAGACGCCAGAGACAGCAGGGAGGCCUACAGGGAGAACAAGCGCAAACAGAGGCUGCCUCAGCAUCAGGAGAACAGUGUUGGAGGACCACUGAGCAGGAGAGCUGGCAGCAGCAGCAGCAACGGUGAUAUCUGUCACGCCAAGGACGAGGAGUGUCACAAGUUGAAAGAGCAGCUCCACAGCAUGCAAAUGCUGCUGCGUCAGCUACAGGAGAAGUUCCUUCAAGUUUACAACCAGGACAAUGUCGAGCGCGACGACAGAGACGAGGCGGAGAUCACCGGCGAGCGUGACUCCCUGGCAGAGAGCCCAGGGUCACGCUACGCCAGUGUCGAAGAUGAUUUUGAGAGGAAGAACAGCAGGGUGACUGCAGACUGUAAGGACAGAAUGAAGGUCGUGGGUUAUCUGGUUCACCAAAGAGAAAGUCAGAACCUACAGGAGGCCCUCAAGCAGGAGCUCUCCACGGCUGUGAACGAGUGCGUGGACAGGGUGUUCAAGAAGGUGUCCUCCACAGGGCUGGACAAGUCCCCUCAGCCACGCAUGUGCUCGUCCCCAGAGCUGCAGAUGAGCGUGGGCGCAGACAGGAAGAGCCAGCAGGCCAGCGUCACACAGGAACUGCCUCAGUGUGAGGAGGUGGCAGCCAAACCUCGCUCUCUGGAGUACUAUGAAGGCUCGUCAGCUCAAAGCCCACAGGACCAGACAGAGGCUCUGUCACUGGUGGUCCGCAAGCCAGCAGUGACCCCCAUGAGCACUGUCACCCCGACGGUGAAGAGGCCCUACCCCGUGCAUCAGACGCCAUUUCAGUUCAAUUACAGUGCCCCGCUGCAUGACAACCAGAUCCUAGAGCACCUUCUCAAGUAUGGGCCCCAUCCCAGCUUUGGGGGCCUCCCUUGCAUGCCCCCAUCGAUGGGCAGGACCUCCCCGGACUCGGUGGACCUGCCGUGGGACGCCAUCGCCAUGCGGUCCAAGGUGACAGCGAGUCACCUCGGCCACCACGCUCGUCCGUCGGCCCUGGGUGGAGUGUCGGUCGACGGUCUGUGUCUCCCCCACGUCAAGAUGGAGUGUGGCGACCUGCAGAGCAUGGCCGAGCGAAACCCCUACAUGUCUCUCAACAUCCAGGAGGGCCUCACCCCGAGCCAUCUGAAGAAGGCGAAGCUCAUGUUCUUCUACACGCGUUACCCCAGCUCCAAUGUGCUGAAAACCUUCUUCCCUGAUGUCAAGUUCAACCGCUGCAUCACCUCCCAGCUGAUCAAGUGGUUCAGUAACUUCAGGGAGUUCUACUACAUCCAGAUGGAGAAGUUUGCGCGCCAGGCCAUCGUCGACGGCGUCGGCGACGCCAAGGACAUCACAGUGAGCAGAGACUCGGAGCUCUUCCGCGCUCUGAACAUGCACUACAACAAGGCCAAUGACUUCCACGUUCCAGACAGAUUCUUGGAGGUUUCUGAAAUCACCCUGCACGAGUUCUACAACGCCAUUUCUGCCGCCAAAGAUUCAGACACCUCUUGGAAAAAGGCCAUUUACAAGGUGAUCUGUAAACUUGACAGCGACGUCCCAGAAGAGUUCAAGACAUCCUCCUAUUUAUAGGCGUGAGUGCAGUGGAAGGAGUGAAGUUAGUCAGCUGACGCAGUGUUAUUAUUAUUUUUCUCAUCAUUUGUUGUAGUGGAUUUUUAACGAGGUGAAAAGUCGGCUUAAUCACGAUCUUGUAAAUCUGUAUAAAAAAAAAGAAGAAGAAACAGAACAAAGAAGCGCUCGCCAUUUUGAAAUAUUGUCUUCUACUUUGGUCAAAUAGCAACUACUGAUUAUUCAAAAUAAUGCUUUUGAGGUUUAUUCUUGUUUAGUGUUUUCCUCAACACAUUUAGAGAGUUUGUGGGUGUGUAAAAAUGUUUACAAAGACGUGAUCUUUUAGAGCGUAGCCUUAUUUAGUUAUUCACUUAUUUUCAGUAUUAGUUAGCAGGUUUUUUUUAUAGUUGUUUAACUGUACAAGCGUCGCUGUUGUACGUUAUAUUGUGUUCUAUACAUUUGUUGUAAACUACGGGCUUGACUGCAUAUGCAUGUGAUAAUAUUGUAUAUAAAAGUCAUGAAAAGAACAUUCA